GCGAGACUCCCGUAUCUUUUUUCUGGGUUUGUUCCAGGAAAUCUGAAAUGCUUUUUCAAAUCGUUCUUGUUUUCAUGAUCAUGUGAAGGUAUUAAAAUUAGGGAAAACAGUCUUGUGAAUUGGGCCUCGAGACAAAUGAAAAAAAAAAAAAGCGUUGAGUGCAUUGAAGAAUUUCCCAUGGUACGGAUAAUGUUGACAUCUCGAUGUUUUUUUUGUGCGAAGGAUUUAGGUCUUGGACGGGUGGCGCUUGGUGGCUGCCCGACCAAGGCACAAGCGGCCUCUAUUCCA